AUGACGAUUCUUUUUCUUUUGAUAAUUUUCUUUCUUUCGCCGUCCUCGGCCGUGGACCUUCCCGUCGCAUCCGACAGUGGUAGCCGUAGCAACGCCGAGGUUGGGUUCAUCUUCCAAACGUGGUUGUCUAAUCACGGGAAGAGUUAUGUCGAUGCUCUCGGAGAGAAGCAACGGCGUUUUCAGAUCUUCAAGGACAAUCUCCGUUUUAUCGACCAACAUAACGCUAAGAACCACAGUUACCAGCUCGGUUUGACUCGGUUUGCUGACCUAACUGUUCAAGAGUACCAAGGCCUUUUGUCUGGACGCCCUGAUCAUGAACCGAUACAAAGGGCUCGCAGAGUCAGUCAUAGGUACGUGUCACUCGCGGGAGAUCAGCUCCCAGAGUCCGUUGACUGGAGGAAACAAGGUGCAGAGUCGGAGAUUAGAGACCAAGGCAAUUGCAAUAGCUGCUGGGCAUUCUCAUCAGUAGCAGCCGUGGAGGGAAUAAAUAAGAUCGUAACCGGACAGUUAAUCUCACUGUCCGAGCAAGAAUUGGUUGACUGCAACGCGGACAACUACGGUUGUGAAGGAAGAGGCUUCAUGGACAAAGCUUUUAAGUUCCUUAUCAAUAACAAUGGUCUUGAUUCCCAAAUUGAUUAUCCUUACACGGGCGUUCAAGGCAACUGUAACCGCAAAAAGGAUAAAUCACACAAGAUUGUUACAAUUAAUGGCUACGAGGAUGUGCCAGCGAAUGAUGAGUUAUCCUUAAAGAAAGCUGUUGCUCACCAGCCCGGUAUAUUUACCGGACCUUGCGGGACACAGCUUGACCAUGCGGUUGUUAUCGUCGGGUACGGUAGUGAGAACGGUCAAGACUAUUGGAUCGUGAGAAACUCGUGGGGCACGAAGUGGGGAGAUGCUGGUUACGCUAAGAUGGCUCGUAACUUCAAAGAUCCAGCAGGUAUAUGUGGGAUCACGAUAUUUGCUUCAUAUCCUAUCAAGAACUAG